AUCAAAUAACUGGAUUUUUAAGGAACCUUAAGCAAACAAAAUAUUUUUAAAUCUAUAUAUGAAUAGGUGAAGCAUACACAGAAAUUUUGGGCAUAUGCACACAACUACAUACAUGGAAUUAAUACUUGUCUUUUAUAGUAAUGAAAAAUGACUACUAAAAUAAGCAAUAACAAUGUUUACCAUUUAAAUUGCUAAAAGUUGUUGGUAAAGGAUUACAUUCAAUACUACUAUCAUACUCCAGAGGUGGGAGUUGGAAUACGUACAAUCUUUAACACUCAUCAAGAUGAAUUUGACUUGGUCGUUAUCUUAUAGAAAAAAAUUCAUCUUAAAAGACUGAGGCAGUGGGUUUUUGACUUUGAGUGAGGUCAGCUUAAGCAACAUAGUGUGACCCAUUCAGAAACCAUGGAGGGAAAGGAGGGAGCAGAGGAAAGGAGACGGAGAAUGGGGAAAAGAAAAGAAGACAGGAAGAAAGGAAAGAAGGAAGGAAAUUAGGUAGAAGGGAAGGGAGGAGAGAUGAAAGGAGGGGAGGAAGGGAGGGAGGGAGGAAGAAGCUAAGAAGCUAGGUCACACUCCAGACAUUUAAAAGGGCCUGUUGGCAAGGGGUGGGGCCUCUGCUCUAGGAGGGCAGAAGUAGACAGUAAGGAAAGGCCUGCCUUCUCUGUGACGUUUGAGAAUGUGCCAGAGGUAUCCAGUGAGCCUGGGCAGUACGGGCGGCACAGUACAGCAAUGCCAUGAGAGAAAAGCCUCUACAAGAGUCUCUUUGAGAGGUUCCAGGAGAGUUCAUCAAUGGGGCUUUUAAGCAGCCGAGUCUUGAGAUGCAGUGAUUCCAGUCCUGUAGAGGCAGAGCAGCCAGAAGCCACUGCGGGUCCCAGUUUCCUGUCAGGCAGUCGCAAGCGCAAACAGAGAAGUUGGGACUGUUCGGGACCGGCACCCAGCUCUACCAUCCAUGGAUCUCAGAACCAGGGAGUAAAUCUACAGCAAGUUUUUGGCAUCGUCUGCAGGAAAAAAGUGAAGCGCUCAUCUAAGCGUGCUUACCAAUCUUUAUUUUUGGAUGGGCAAGACAGUGAUAUCAAAAUUCGUGCUCUAGGGAAAACAUGGCCUUUACACAAAGUAUUUUUAUGUCGGUCAGGCUACUUUGCUAAUAUGCUCAAAGGUUCUUGGAAAGAAUCGCACAAUGAUAUUAUUGAACUGGAGAUUAAGAACGAGGACAUCGAUGUGAGCUCCUUGUGCUUUGUGUUUGGUUCCUUGUACAGGGACGAGGUCCUGCCAAUCAAGCCCCUCCAAGUUCCUCAUGUUUUGGCCGCAGCAAGCCUGCUUCAGGUAGAGCACGUAGUUCAGCAAUGUAAGGAGACCAUGAUGAGAACCAUUAACAUGAAAAACGUGUGUUCGUUCUAUACAGCAGCAGAAACCUAUCAAUUGAAAUCUGUAAAGACCCAGUGCUUUGAAUGGCUUCUUUGUCAUUUGAUGACACACCCGAGUGUUGGACUUUACAAAGAAAUUGACAUAAAGCUCAUGUACCUUCUUGUGUCUUCAUCAGACCUGCUGGUGAUGCAAACGGAAAUUGAUAUAUAUACCACACUCAAAGAGUGGAUAUUCCUUUAUCUUAAUCCUCACUGGAAAGGUUCAGUGGAACAGCUUUUAGCUAAUGCCAACAGCUGGCUUUCCAAGCACAUGGAAGGUAGUGAGAGCAUCACUUUUCUUGAAAGUGAAGAAGGACUAAUAUUUCAACCAGUGUUUAAAAAACUGAGGUUUCAGCAUAUCAUCUGCGAACUAGCCUCCACAACUCUUCUUGAACGAGAUCGUCUAAUACCUUUGGAAUGGUUGUCACCCAUUUAUAAACAACAAUGGCUGACUUUGCUCCACUCCCAACAACACAGGGAAAUUGGGCCACGAAUCAUCAAUGAAAAAGAACUUGAAGGAUGUAGCAUGAGAUGUGGUACAAAGAUCAGCAGAGAUGGUAAAUACUCCUGGAAGUGGUCACAUUGCAAAUUUAGCUUUCCUUUACAUAUCAUCUUUACCAAUCGUUAUAUCAUCUUUAAGCAAAACCGACAACCAUGUGAUGGUUCUGCCUGUUUAAAACAGAUACGGAAUGUAGUAUUCAGAAUGACUUUGGUGUAUUUUGACUCUGAUGGGAAACUAACUUUCAGUAGAACAACUGGUUAUAAAACUAUUACUUUCAAAAAUAAUGAGGAACAAAUUGCAAUGAAGUUAGAUGGCAUAAUUUUAAGCUUCCCUUUAUAUGUAUUCUGCAACUUCCUGUUUAUAUCAUUAGCAAAUACGGAAAACAUGUGAUCUUGUCAAUUAUUAGAACAUAUGAGCAGUUUGAAAACACUGAGUGACUCAUUUAAUUUGAAGGCUGCAUUGUGAACACAGUUAAGGUGACCGACAACAAAAUGAAAAUUCUUAGGAGUCUAGUACCACCACAAAUGACUGCUUGUCUUCUCUUGAUGUCUAUACAUUUCUGAAGAGAACUUUCACUUCCAACAAAUUUGUUCGAAAAACCUUCACUUUCCAACAAAGCAAAUGAAAAGAAGCUGGUAUUUUGAUUUCCAUUUACCAUCAAUGGUCAAGCUUUGAAUGGAAAUAAGAGACUAUAUUUGCAAAGAAAAACAUCUAAAUGAACUUGUUACGUAGCUUUGACCCUAACCAAGUUUGAGACUAAAUAAAAGAAAAUUCUCUCCACUGCUGAAACUGUUAUGAACCGUAGCUUAUAUAUUAGCUUAUAAGAUGUAAAUCAAUGGUUAAAAAAUAAUUGAGAUUAGUCACUGUUGAUGCAUGCUUUCAAAUAACCAAAUAGUGUCAAGUUUUUCCAUAUUAUGUAUCAUAAUUUGUUGGUAUUUUAGAAUUGAUUUUUCAGAUUAUUUUUACAUGAUUUGGAUACCUUUUACUGCUGAUUAUCUUUAACUAUAUAUGCACAAAAUAGAUAUUUAUCUUAUAAUUAUCAUGUCACAUGCUAUAUAAACAAUUGAAUUACAUAUGCAAUGUGUUUGCAUAGAAGUAUAUAUGUUUACAUACAUGUAUUUAUAUCUUUAUGUAACUGUAAGAACCAAAGAAUGAAAUUAUUCAUGGUUCCAGUUAUCUGGCUGUCAAGAUAUAAGUUAUUUCAUAGUAUCCUGUUCAUUUUCUUUGCCUUAGUUUCUUUUCCUGUUACUUGAUAAAAAUACCCUUAUGAAAGCAACUUAAGGGAAAAAGUUAAUUAUAUCUCAUGUUUCAAGAGUAUGUUCCAUCAUGGCAGGAGUUUGAAGCAGCUGGUCACAUAACCUCUACAAUGAAAACAGAUGAAUGUUCUGUAAGUACUGGGCUUUCUCCGUUGUCAUCUUGACAACUGCAGCUAUCACAACUCUACCCCUUGUCAACAUGACACCCAAACACAUCUCUUUUCAGCCAUAACCUUCCAUCCCUUUGUCCUCAUAGGCUCAUGACCAUGUUAUGGCAUAAAACACAUUUAGUCCAACUUUAAAAGUCUCCAUAUACAGUUCCAACACUUUCCUUUGUUUGAAUUAUCUGCAUUAUUUUUCUUUCAUUCAUGAAUAUAUUUUGUUUUUAUACUCACUGCCUCCUCCCACCUUCUGGGUCUGUCUUUCCACAUCCCCAUCCCAACUUCAUUUGUUUUUAUAUAUAAUCUACUGAGUCCAACCCAUUGUCCAUAUGCACAUGGGUGUA